GACGGCGUAAAGUGACGCGGGUUUCCCGCCAUUGACAUCGCUGGUGGCUCGGGCCGGAGCGCGAGCGGUGGAACUUGUGGUUGCCGGGGAAAUAAAAGUUCCACUGGCCGCGUUCUAGAAUCCGGAGACACGGUGCCUCGCGUUCCAUUUUGUAGCGAAAUGCCUUGCGUGGACGACUGGGUGAACGACCCCCUGGGCACGGUGCAGGGCAUCUUUGCUCAAAAUGGCGCUGGUGGUGAAUGGGAGAAAAAAGUGGUUGAAUAUUUCAAAGAGAAGCUGAAGGAGACAACUGCAGCCAACUGGGUGCCUUCCUUGAAUGAUGUUCCACUGCAUUACCUAAAGCCAAAUAGCUUGGUGAAAUUCCGCUGUAUGGUCCAGGAUAUGUUUGAUCCAGAGUUUUAUAUGGGAAUUUAUGAGACUGUGGAGUCAAAUGCCAAAUCCAAGGUUCUACGCUUUGGAAAAUACAAAGAUGUUGCUGAAUGUGGGCUCCAGCAAGAGAUUGCCUUGGACUCUCCCAAAUGUGUCACCCUGGAGAGACAAACAUUUUACUGUAUUCCUGUGCCUGGAGAGUCAGAGUGGGUGAAAGAGGUCUAUGCCAGUGCCAGCCAAGCACGGGGAAACCCUUCCACAUCCUAUACUCCAAGUCGACACAAGAGGAGUUAUGAGGAGGAUGAGGACAUGGAAAUGCAUCCACCCAAACCUAAAGAGCAGUGUGCAGCUGGCUGUAGUGGAUCGCAAGGAUGUGGAGAUGCAAAGCGUCUUGAAAAGGAGGCACCAGCGGGACACCAGAAUUUGUCAAACUGUACAACGUCAAUUGAUCUCAACUUCCCAUUACCAGGAGAGAAAGGGCCUGCAUGCCUUGUGAAGAUCUAUGAGGACUGGGAUAGUUUCAAAGUCAAUGACAUGCUGGAAGUUUAUGGGGUUUUAUCAGUGGAUCCAGCACUGGGUGUAAUAAAUGAAGAGAGUGCAAAGGAUGGAUUGUCAAUCUUGGAUCCGACUGAGUGUAUGGACACCAUGGAAGAACAACGUGUUCAUAGUCCUCCACCUUCCUUGGUUCCAAGGCUUCAUGCCAUCGUAACUCGCAAACUCCAGCAUGUUAAUCCUUUCCUUCCUAUUGCCCUGCAUGAUAAAGAAAGCAAGGACUUUAUCACAAACAUCAUGCCUGAAUUAUCAACAGUCAGAGCCGAGUUGCUUGGGUUUCUUACACAUGCAUUACUGGGGGACAGUCUGGCAGCUGAAUAUCUCCUGUUACAUUUCAUAUCAACAGUAUACUCCCGGCGUGACAUUCUUCCAUUGGGUAAAUUCACAGUAAACCUGAGUGGCUGCCCGAGGAAUAAUGGUUACACAAAACACCUACACAGGACCAUUCAACAACUGGUCCCAUCAUCAUACUGUCUACCCAUGACACUCCACAACAUGAACACCCUGCGAUUCAUCCCACACAAAGACUACACAGCCAAUCGCCUCGUUACUGGAGUACUGCAGCUGGCCAGUAACACUUCUCUCAUGUUAGAUGAGACCUUCUUGGAACAAGGGCAGCUGGAUGCUACAGGAGUUCGAAAUGUGACAGCUCUGGGUAAUUUGAUUACUUGGCAGAAGGUAGACUAUGACUUCAACUACCACAAGAUGGAAUUCCCUUGCAAUAUUAAUGUACUCAUCACUUCUGAAGGAAGAUCUCUCUUACCGUUUGACUGCCAAGUUCACCUACAAGCUCAGAUGGUUCCUGCAAAUGUGGAAGAAUACAUGACCAAUUUACUCACAGCUGUGCUGCCUUCCAUGCUGAAGAAAUUUCGCAUGUACCUGAGCUUGCUUCGGCUAAUGGACUACAGUAUAUCUGAUGAAGUGACCAAGGCAGUGGAGGAAGACUUUGUGGAGAUGAGAAAGAGUGAUCCUCAAAGCAUAACUGCAGAAGAUCUCCAUCAAUUGCUUGUUGUGGCAAGGUUGGUGUCACUGAGUGCUGGCCACACAACUUUAUCGCGUGAGAGAUGGCAACGAGCAAAGCAACUGGAGGUUCUUCGCAAAAGUAGAAUACAGCAACAAGCUCAUGUAAAUGGCAAUGAACCUUAAUGCCAAACCUUUAUUGUCAAUAAAACUCAACAGAACUUGUGUGCCAGUGGGCUUCAUGUAAAUUUACAGAGCUAACAUUCCUUCUCAGCCCACCUGCCAAAUCUGUCAAAUUGAGGAAAAACACUUUGUUCUUCUUUGUAGACCAUUUGUAUCAAAUUUUCUUACAAAAAUUUCUUAACUCUGAAUUCUGACAGCUUUAAUUCAAAAUGUAUGUGUGCUUGUACUGAAACCUCUGCAUUUUAGUUGAGUACAUUCAUUUGUGAAAAUGUCUUCUACAUUCCUCUAUUACCACAAUUUCUCAGAUACAGGCUAUUUUUGUAAUUUUGUAAACUGCAUAACAUUGUACUUGUUUAAAAAAAAAUGCCUUUUUUUAAAAAAAAAAGUGGAACAAGAUUUCAAUUGUUACUUUUGUUUUUUUUAAAUUAUUAGUCUAAUCGUGGGUUGGGGUAAACUUCUACUGAGAUUUGCACAUCCGGAUUUAACCUGUAAACUAAUGCUGGAGCCACGAGUGGAUCAGUUUGUUUACACGUCAUAGCUUUGAGUGUGGAUAACUGUUUGAUCGAUGAUGGGUUAACUUCCAGCAUUAAAGUGGUCCAUUAUUUACCAAUUUUAUUACUACGUCAGACUUCACUGGGUAUUUAAAAUUACAUACAAACUGCCUUCAAAUUCUUUAAAAAAAACAUUUUUACAUCUGUUGUGAAAAUUAGUUUUUAAAGGUUCAUUAAAAUUAUUUGCCUGUGAUUUUACUGAUUUGCUUAUGAGAUGUCAUAGAAAUCCUGAUGAGGCCAAUGUGCUGAAAUGACCUGUCCUUUGAGCUAUUUUUACUCAGAUAUGUAGAAUGUGUGUCUGGUAACAAGUGCAAGGCGUAGAUUAACGGUUUGUAGGGGUGCAGAAGAAGACUAUAAUUGAUAUGAUUUGGGUCAAAGCAAAACUGUAGAGCAGCUUGUAAUGUCCCAGUGCCUACAUUUCAUCUUGUCUUACAGCACUCCUACGUUUUUGUAUUUAAUCUAAGUGGAUUAUGAGUCUGCAUUAUCAUGCAGGUGGAAUAUUAUUCUCUUCCUUGGACUAAGAAUGGUAAGGAAUACCCUGACUGUGAUUUACUGGUUAAUAUUUAGUAGGGCUCAUGAGCACCCGAGCAGACAUUUUAAUAGGAAUCCUGAGAUUCUUUCGUGUUUUCUUAUUGGAGUGAUUGGUUAAAGAAUGUCUUAAUAUUCUAAUAAUAAACUUAAAGAUAAAAAUCUUCACAGCAUGUCAGAUGUCAGCGGUUUGGAUGAAUGCAGUAAGUGCAGGACUGUGUUAUCUUUCUCCAUUUGAGUCCAGAAUUAAAUUCUUUUCUACUUUGAUCCAGUAGCUCCUGUCUACUGAUGUAAUAUUGCAGAUAUGGAGUAAUUUUGAGUAGCUUGGUCCAAUUUCAGAAGGAACAGAGUGAGGCCUAGCCAAACAUUUGACCAUGCAGCCAUCAGCAAAGAGGAGUUGUUCAAUACCUUUUUGUUUCAUAGAAAACUGAAGAAAAAAGUUUUGUCUGCUCCUCAGAUUAAAGUAUUUCCCAACUCCUGAACCAGUUGCAAUGUUUGCAAGAUGUUGCCAAAUUCUUGAUGAUAUUUUUAAAUAAACCUUAGUGAAUUGUUGCUUUCUUCUAGUGAAACAGUACUAGAGACAAGAUUACCUUUAAUAUGGUAUAGCACAGUGGAAUGUGGAGCUUGUCCCAACAAUAUACUAGAUUUGAGGAUGCAAGUCUAGACCUGAGGAUGUUGUUUCCAAAGAAAGCCCCUUUAUGUACUAGAGAUAACGUUACUAAUAACUGGCUGUUUGUUGAACAGCAGAUGAACUCAAGAAUUAUAUCAAUCAGUUUUUAAUUUGGGGAACAAAAAAUAUUCUGCACUUAGUUCCUCAUAAAUCAUCUCACAAUUCUAAAGCCAUUGUCAGUGUGCAAAGCUGUCUUAGAAAGUUUUGUUUGAAUUAUUUUUUAAAAAUUUAAGAAAAGCUUUGUAUCUACACAACCAUCGAAUUGAAAGUACCGCAUGAUAAUGUACCAGGAGCAUUUUUCUAACUUUGAAGGACUUUAAAGAGUGAAUCAAUAGUUUGUAUAAAACCAUUACAGACUCUAUUCAGAGGCCAUUGAAUGCACUAAACCUGUUUUCCUUGCCUGACUACUCAUUGUUACUUCAUUCAGCAAACUAUGGCAGACUAAUUUUAUUCAAAUAGAUUUUUUUAUUACAUUAAUUUAAUUGAUUAGUAUUUAAUCCAAUCAUUUUCUGAGGGAAAUUUACUGACCUUUCACAAUUAACAAUCUUUUAUUCCUUAAUUUAGAUAACUGUGUUCUUGGAUUAUGAGUGAGGCAUAUUGAGAACACACACACAGCCCCCACCAGUGAGCUAUUAAAAGUUGCUGCCCUCCUCUAACCUGUAAAAGAACCCCCUGAAAUUAAAAGGGUGGGAUAAAUAUACAUUUUCCAAAAGGUAAAUGAGAAUUGCAUGUUUUCCAAGAUUUCAGGGAUAGUAACUGAAAAUUUGUUAAAUUAAUACCAUUUUAAAACUUGGAUUUUUGGAGAUGUUGCUGGCAAAGCCAGCAUUUAGUGCCUGUCCCUGAUCCCACUCCAGGGUGCUGGUGAGCUGCCACCUUGAAACUUCACUACUCCCACAAUGCUGUUGGAGAGCAGGUUCCAGGACUUAGACCCAGUGAUGAUGAAGGAUGGUGUAUGAUUUGCAGCCAUUUCCCACAUGCCUUCUGUAAUAUCCUUGAUCUCGGGAGCUGUGUGUUUGGAACAUUCCAAGAGAAGCUUCUGUAGGCUUAGAAAUGAUAUACUGCAACAAUGUUGCACUGGUGGUGGAAGGAAUGCGUGUUUAAGGUGGGAGAUGGAGGUGGUCAUUCCAACAGACUGCUUUGUCCUGGAUGGCGUUGAGCAUCUUGGGCUCAUUCAGGCAAGUGAUGAGUACAUCAUAUUCCAUUUGUGCCUAGUAGAUAAUGAAAGGCUUUGAGGUGUAACUUGCCACAGGAUACCCAGCCAGUGAACUAUUUAUGUAGCCUCAGUAUCUAUGCAAUUGAGUUUCAGAGGUAGGGUAAUCCCCAAGUAUAUUAUUAAUGGGGGACUUGGUGGUAGUAAUAGCUUUGAAGGGCAAAGGACAUGGCCAGAUACUUUUGUGGCACACUUGAAGCUUAUCAGCUCAUAGUGAAUAUUAAUGAAUAUUAUCUAGGUCUUGUUGCAUGCAGGUGGGAUCUGCUUUGUAGGCUGAAGAGCAGUGACUGAAAUUGAACAUUGCACAACAUCAAUUGUCCAUUAAUGAUUAGGCUUGAAAGAUCAUUGAUGAAUCAGCUGAAAAUGGUUGGGCCUAGGAAACUGCUUGGAGGAGUUCUUGCAAUGAUGUCCUUGGCUGAGAUGAUUGACCUCCCAAAAACCAUAAUCACUUUCCUUUGUGUGAAGUAUGCCUUUAUCCAUUGGAAUCUUUUCCUCUUGAUGACCAUCCACUUCAGUUCUACCAGAGCAGCCGGAUACCACACUUGGGUAUAUACCUCCUCUCCCCUCUGAAAUUCAGUACUGGGGAUCGUGGUUGGAUCAAGGAUGUAAUGAGGGCUUGGGCACCAUCAAGUUGUUCUCGAUCAUGGGAAAUUGAAGUCCUCUAGCAGAUUACAUGCUGUACUCUUGCUACUUUGUGCUUCCAAGUGUUCUCCAAUCUGGAGUAUUGAAUGAUUGUGGUAUUCUAGAAAUGGUUUCAUGAUGCUAUGAGACAUUGCUGACAGCAGGGAGAGAUAGCUUGUGGAACUGACAUAACUACCAUCAGAAAAGAAUGUUUGCCUGGGUUUGGACCUCCAUUGCAAGGUCACUUACUUCAGGAAGAAAGGUGUGCAGAACCCUUCAAAAAUGUGUGUAUGUUGUAGUUACUUGCCUUGUGUGGAAAAUGCAGGUAGCAGAAACUCAAAUGAUUCAUUACUUUUGCUGUCAUGUUCUGUAAAAUGUAAUUUGGGUGGAACCUGUAUCAUUAAAUUGAGAUUGAAGCUG